AUGAGGAGGAGGAAGAGGCCAGAUUUCCAGCGAUUUCGACAGAGACAAAAGGCUGGAUUUUGGCGGUUCACCGGAGGCAAUCGUGGUGGUCCAAAGUUGGUGCGAUGGUUUGCGGAUGAUCAGAGGAUAAAUGGAGAAGAUCUAAAACCAUUUAGGAAUGAUGAGGAUGCAUCAUUGUUAGCUUUGUUUGAUGAGAAGAAUAAUUGUGAUGUUGAAAUGUAUACAGAGCCUAAAUUAUCAAUGGUUGAGAAGGCUUAUAUGGAGGGUUUAAUAGAGAAUCAAAAGGGACAUGAAAGUGUUGAGGGAAGUGCUGAGGAUAGUGAGCCAAGUGAAGACUCUAUGGAUGGUAUACACUUUGAAGACAGUGAAGAACAAAAAAUGCAUGAGUUUGAUGAAGACCUUGAUGAAGGGUUAAGAAUUGGGUGGAUAAAGGUGAAGAACACUUGUCUUGCUAGAAUGAUUGUAGAAAAUUUGAAGAACAAUAAUAAUAUGAAGUUAAAUGAAGUUGUCGUAGAUGUGAGACUGAGGUUUGCUAAUGAAACCAUUGGAUGCAGGGCUUUUAAAGAUAGCAAGAUAAGAUUUGAAAGGUGUUAUAUGUGUUUUGAUGGAAUAAAGAAAGCAUUGAAACUGGAAUAUACAUCAUUUAUAGGAUUAAAUGGACAUCACUUAAAUACUAAAUAUGGAGGAAUUUUGUUGAAUGUUGUUGGGAGGGAUGCAAUGAUAAGUAUCUUCUUAUUGCUUUUGAGAUUAUGGAGAAUGAAACCAACAAUUCUUGGAAUUGGUUUAUGA